ACGUUCCAGCAAUCUUGCGCCCCAUAGUCUUGUCUUGUUUUUUUCCCCAGGUUCAAUGUUUUUUUUUGCCUUGAUGUUUUCUGACAUUGAUUCAUGUUAUGGGAACCUUGCCUUUUGCCAAGUGUUUUUGGAUGGGACCCACACUUGUAAUGACCUCAGCCUGAUAUUAACCCUCCUCUUAAACCAUGUCCUCGCCUUGGAGUCUACAUUUGGGCCCUAGCCCCAUGUCCCUUGCUCGAGACACCACCCUAAUGUUGACCAAUGUCAAUUUAUUGGUGGCAUCAAUAAUGUAUGCCAAUGUAGGGUUUGGCCAGAAGUUUGGAGCAUGACAUCGACAAGUUUUUCAUCAUGUGUUUAUGGCAUGAGGAAGAAGGCACCUUGAUUGAUUGAAAUUGUUUUCCAUGUCUAAAUACAACGCUUUGGUCAGUGAGGGAGAACCCGGGAAAGGAAACAAAACAAAGCUUGAGCAUGAUUUUGAACAGGUUUUCAGGCGGCAAUUAUGUGUGCUGCAUAUGUGAGGAUAAGUGGCUCAGUCAAUGGAUGAAGUGGACCAUGAUUAUUUGCAAGUUCUGCAAAUGCCCACCCAGCGUGUUCAUUAACAGGUUUCUCCUUUUUGCUGUGGUUGUUGUGCUAGCCAUGCUUGGCUCUCCCAGUGACAAUUUUCUCUGACUGGCUGGAUGUACAAUCACUCCACAGGGGACAAGCCUCCAUUUUGUAGUUAUGCAAAACUUUGGUGUAUUAGUCAUCAAAUAUUGAAAGUGAUUCACCCUGCCUCUUUUUUUUUUUUUUUAAAUUAUCCUAUACUGAAAAAAUAAUUGCCCACAGGGUGUUGUCUGCCUUUCGCCCUAAAUCAGCCGGGAUAGGUUCCAGUGCCACUCCUAGAAGACAUCAAGAAAGUAUUCUGCGUCUUUUAGAUGAACCUCCAGCGACAUCUGACUGACUAUACAUGUUUACGAUAGGAUGACAUGAUUUGACACCCUGCUAACAUACAGGCUGCCAUGGCUGUAUACAACUUUUUUGUUGCAUGAAGAUUCUGCUGGCCAAUUGACCAGCGGAAGCCUGGUGACUGUCCCAGAGCCAUGAAGUGGACCCUGCCAAACCUGAUUCAAGUACGAAGCUUUUAAGCAAGGGGAAAAAAGGACUUCAAUUCACCAUAAGGGAUGAACCAGACCCCGAGCCGCUGAUAUUGAAAUGAUUGUAAAAACAUAGCAGGAUGCAGGAGCUGCUGCUCUGCCUGCUUUUCGCUUCAGUGGGCUGCAACACAAUCCGGCAACUGGACAGACAAUCCGGGGCCAGACAAGCAGCAGGUGAGGUUGCCGUGACGACCAGGCCGCUCAUCUACUACUGUCGCUCGCCCAACAUGGAGGUCUUCUCCUGCUGGUGGCAUCCGCUCACCAACCUGACGGAGGGGGAGGACGUCACAUACGUGCUCACUUAUUCCAUCGAAAAGGGACCCAAGCUUGAGUGUCCAGACUACCUCAGUGCUGGCGCCAACAGCUGCCAUUUUGACAAGAUCCACACAAUCGUAUGGAACAUCUACUGCAUGAACGUCACAGCUGUAACGGCUCGCCAAAAUUUCACUUCACCGGAACACUGCCUUGAUGUGGUCGACAACGUUCAAACCUAUGCGCCGGUCAAUCUAACGUACAAAUUGAUGGAUACCGGAGGGGAUGAGAUGGGGCAUGACGUUCUGUUCACCUGGUCGUACCCGAGGCCUUCAGACCUCCAGUACGGCUGGAUCACACUGGUCUACGAGUUGCAAUACAGACGAGUUAGCGAACCUGACAAGUGGAAGGUCAAGCAGUUGCUGCGAGAGCCUCAAGUCAAGCUGCUCGGCCUUCCCAUCAACGACUAUGUGCUUCGUGUACGCUCCCGUUCGCAGAAUCACGGCCGGUGGAGCGAAUGGAGUCAGCCAUUGCUGAUGAGCAUUCCCGCCCGGGCUCCAGCAGCAGAUAAACUGCUGGUGCUGAUUCUGGUGACGAGCAUCAGCAUCUUGGUGCUGCUGGCCAUCGCUGUACGUGUUAUUCCACAGUGCGUGAGAAUGAAAGACUUCUUCUUGCCACCUAUUCCGAAACCGCGCAUCAUCGGCAUUGACCCGCUGCUUUUGAAGAAGGGGAAUUUGGAUGAAAUCAACCGCCACCUGACUAAUUUCCAUGGCUACUUGCCUCCCAGCUUAAUGGACACCGAGGUUUGGGAGCAGGUGAGUCCUGACAAGAUCUAUCUCAGCACGCCCAAAGAGUGCACCAUUCCCACCGAGUCGCUCAACCAGGUGAUGGAUGCCGUCACCCCCCCACACGGCAUGACGGCCACCAGACCUCACGAUCAGCUGUGGAGCCAGCAACCGACAGCAUACACACAAAGCCCAUACUGCUUGUCUCCUCCUCAAGCCUUCUCACAAUCCCCAUGGGCUGAGAUUGUUAGCGUGCCAGAGAACAGCUACAGCAUUAUGGAACAGCCAGGUACAUCCCCACCCGCCCUCUCCACGACCUGCCCCCCGCAGGAUCUCUACAGCUGUGUUAAGCUCAUCAAUGACAGGGACGGGUUGCAAUUGGUGCCAUGCCUGCCGCCUGCGUAUUGCGAGCUCCCGGAACUCCCCAACUUUGAUUUACAACCUAGUGUAAAGGAGGAAGAAGAUGUGAAGCUGGCUGAGUACCAAGCCAGAAAAAAAGAUGCUGCUAGAGCCAAAGAAAGCUGAGUGGACUGCAAGAUGAACCACAACGCAAACACAACUGGAUUUGGUGGAGUAAAGGAACAUGUUGUCUUUAUUAUACUCUUGUGCCAUCAAAAACUCCACAUCAGUGGAUUUAAAAAAAAAAAAAAAAGACAAUCUUAAAUGUUUUUGUAAACCAUGCAACUUGUGGAGUUUGCCUGAUUCUAAGAAGAAUCAUAUAGCAUUCAUUUUAAGCUCAAAAUGUCAAAAUGGUGGGUAAAUGGAGUCCAGCACUUGUGUGAUGCAUGGAGCCUUCUUCGUCAUCUAUUUUUGGAUCAACCUGGAUAGUAAUAUCUAAUUGGGAAGCUUCCAAAUCUAGUAAAAAAGUGGUUCAGCUACACAAGUCUUUGGUUUCUUUAUAAGCUGUCACGGAUUAUUUAGAAUGUCUGAAAUGCUGAAUGACAAGGUUGUGCUUUAUUUUACUCUUAUAUAAUGAAUUCUAUUUCAAAAACAUGUUUGUGAAGAGGGGUAGGAAGCUGUUGAUAUUAUCUUAUCUGUAAUGGUUGGUGAUUUCACCACAUCGCAUUUCAGAGAAUCAAGGUGUGUCAGACCAGUUCCAGGAAUAGUGUCACGAACUCAACCUAUUAAAGAUGAUGUCAAGAUGGCUGUGAGGACAGACCUACAUGGGAUCCUCCGACAAUCCUUCUAGGAGUCAAUGAAGGCAAGGCGGUGAAGGCUGUGAAAGUCCAUUCAACUCUAGGAAGAUUUCUUCCCAAGAGUAGCCUCAGAGUUUGGAUUUGUAAACAGAUUUGAAAUUUAAUUUUCAUGACACCAGUCCUGGAAUCUCUCUGACACACCUGCUUUCUACUGCCUAUACAUUCCUCUGACAGUUCCGCCUCUCUCCUUCUAUGGUUGUCCAGUUGAUGUUGCCAUUGUCUGUCUGUGGGCUUACUUCUCAGGAGGUUUUCAGCCAUUCUUCAGUAUUUAAACAUUUCUUCACAAAGUCUCUUCAAGGGCCUUAUUGUAAAUGGA